AGAGAGAGAGCGAGAGCUGGAGAGAGAGGGAUAAGGAACGAGACAGAGGCAGCAAAUGAGAGAAAGAGAGGGGAGCACGCGCGUGCGAGAGAGAGUGUGUGUGUGUGUGUGCGCACUGCACAGAUCGAAACCAGAAAGGAGAGGGAGCAGGAGUGUGUGUGUGCGUGCGUGAGCGAGUGUGUGGGAGCGAUCAAGCGGUCGGAGUGCUAGGUAAUGGAGGUGCAGUCGGAGUGCGGGGAGCCUCCCGCUGACCCCCAGCCCACGGGGAAGAUCAACAAAGCCGCCUUCAAGCUCUUCGGCAAACGACGCACCGGCUCGGGGAUGGCCGGCUUCUUCUCCUUCAGGAACAAAGGAGCCGUGAGCAACGGGAAUCCUUCCUCCUCGGAGAACGGCCACGGAUCAACGGCGGCAACGGCGGCGGCGGCGGCGGCGGAACCAGCGGCCCCUGUGGAGCUGGUGCGGAGCAAGACCCACGACGGGCUCCCCACGGGCAAGUCCUUCAGCUUCUUCUCCUUCCUCCGCCGCGGCAGCCUGAGAACCGCCGAGAGCGGGGGGGCGGGGCUGGCCCGGCGGGGGCGGGGCCUGAAGGGCUUGUUCAGCAGCAUGCGCUGGAGACGCAGCCGGGAUAGGACGAGCGAGGCGGACGGGGGCGGCGGGGCGGGGGCGGCGGCAGCGGCGGACGAGGCCCGGGAGGUGGAGGUCGCCCAGGUGGACAUCACGCUGACCCUGGAGCCCCUGCCUCACCGGCCCCUGGAGGACGCCUCGGACCCCGAGCCGUGUGCCCACCACCAGACCCACGACUCCUCCCCCGGCAGCGUCUCGCCGCAGUUCGCCGCCUCGGCGGACGACGCCGGCGCCGACUCCUCCAGCCCCGCCUUCCCCUACACGCCCACCGACUCGCCGCUGCACGAGCCCCGAGGCCCCGAGGCCCGUGCCGGCUCCGGGGGCGCCGCGUCGCUCGCCACGCCGCAGCCGGAGCGCCGCUGCGGUGCCGUGGCGGCCGACCCGCCGUCGGAGCCGUCGGUGGACCGCCUCUGCUCGCUGCUCUUCACCGACGUCACCUCGCUCAAGAGCUUCGACUCGCUCACCGGCUGCGGCGACAUCAUCGCCGACACCGAGGAGGAAGUGCUGAGCGGGGCCAACGGCGGCAGCGGCACCAGCAGCAGCAGCAGCGGCGGCGGCGGCAACGGCAACGGCAACGGGAACGGCGCCAGCGCGGAGGAAGGAGCCACGGGCAGGAGAACGGCGCCCACCUCUCAGGGAUCUCCGGCCAGGCGCCCGCUGCCCUCCUCCCAGUUGACCCGCUCCGCCUUCUCCUCCAUCGCCAGCUCGCCGCCGCCCUCGCUGCCGUCCCGGGCGCAGGUCUCCCCCCCGCAGCCGGAGCACGUGACGGGCAGCGGCGUGGUCGCCUACAUGGGAGGAGGGGAGGAGAUGGCCAGCCCGGAAGGGGUGGACGACGCCGACAUGCAGGGGCUGUGGCACAUGCUGCCCUCCACCGGGGACAACUCCCCGGCUCUUCUCAGACCCCACCAGGGAGCCACUACCGCCCGCAAGACCCCCCAGGUGAAGACCCUGGGCCUCAGCAAGAUCCCCGUGGUCGGAGCGGCAGGGAGCCGCGGCACGGCGAAGCCCCCCCCACCAGCGGCCCACCAUCACACGUACGGCGCCCGCCAGCCCACCUCGCCCGGCGAGAAGGAGCUGCUCAGCGACGAGGGGUACUGGGACACGCCCACCGCCACGCCCACCGCCACGCCGGUCGACGAGGGGAUCCAGCGCAGCGAGAGGAUCAUCCUGUCGCGGGACAGCUGCUCAGGGGACAACCUCUACGACCUCUACAACGACCCGGAGGAAGAGGACAAGGAGGACGACCUGUCCAGCACGCCGUCCCCCUCGACCGAAUACAAACUCAGCCCCUCUUCGCAGACCACCCCGCCGUCGUCCUCCUCGUCGCCCCCGUCCUUCCGCUCGCUGAAGGGGAGCACCAGCCUGCCCCGGGACUCCAAGAUCCCCCUGAGCGUCCGGCAGUCCCCACCGCCGCCGCACUCCGUCAGCCAAUCGUCCCUCCCCUCCGUCCUGGAAGCCAGCGCCGCGCAACCAAAGACCCAGGCUCCUCCCCCCGCACGCACGAGAAUCCCCGUCUCCAAAGUGCCCGUACGGCGCUCCGGACAGAACAAACCGGGAAACGCUUCCAGGGGUACCGCCCACAGGAAGUAG